AUGUCGUCUUCAUUUUUCGCUGGGCACAACAAGAUCAUCGGUAUGGUCCACGUCCACGCACUUCCGGGAACCCCAAGCUACCAACCAACCGCUCGUAGAAUUAGAGGAAUCAUCGACAAAGCGGUUGAAGAAGCAUCACUCUACAAACAAUGUGGGUUGGACACGAUCAUUAUUGAAAACAUGCACGACGUCCCUUACUUGAACGCAACCGCCGGACCAGAAAUCACGUCCGCAAUGAGCAUUGUCGGAUACGAAAUUAAACGACAGAUGAGCAACUUGAGAGUUGGCGUGCAAAUUCUUGCUGCUGCGAACAAACAAGCCAUCGCAAGCGCUUUUUGCUCAGGAUGUGACUUCAUUAGAGCCGAGGGUUUUGUCUUUGGACACGUUGCCGACGAAGGAUACAUCGACUCUAAUGCUGGGGAGAUUUUGAGAUACAGAAAGAUGAUUGGCGCAGACGACGUCCUCGUAUUCACUGAUAUAAAAAAGAAACACUCGGCCCACGCGAUCACCGCCGAUGUUUCACUUACUGAUACUGCCAAAACAGCACAAUACUUCUUAUCUGAUGGCCUCAUUGUAACAGGAACAUCCACCGGUGUAAAAACAGACCCACAAGAAGUGAGAGACGUCAAGAAAGCUGUCACCAUCCCUGUCUUGGUAGGGUCUGGUGUCACCCCAGAGAAUAUUAAUGAAUAUCAGUUGUCGGCAGAUGGUAUCAUUGUUGGAUCGUAUUUCAAAGUCGACGGAUUCUGGAAGAACGAGCUUAGCAAGGACAGGAUCUUAAAACUUUUGUCUGCUGUGAACGACAGCCAAUGA